AUGUGUAACUAUACUCAGGUCGAGUACCGCUGUGGCCACGUUCGUUAUACCGUCAGAGCUUGGUGUACCAAUUAUGAGACGACACAUAAGCGUUGUCCACCCUCCGUGGUAGCUAUCGAAUUCAGGUUGGAUGAACAAUGUGGUGUGCGACUGCCGAGCUCCUGCCAUCAACCCAACAUGGCUCAAGAUAUGAUCGUCAGUGUUGUUGUACAAAUGGGUGUUGUACAAAUGGGUCGGUUU